AUGGCUGCUGUCCAGCAGAACAGAAAGCCCCCUCUUCAAGCGCGAUCCCAAGAGCCUUCGCCCUCAUUCUACGGAGAGCACGAAUUCCGGUUCAAUGAGCCAUUGCACGGCUUGAAGUGGCUUCAGGCAAUGGACCGCCGCAAGAUCGCCACAUUGAAGACCAUGUCCUUCCAUAUUGCCGCCAUCUACGAGGACGGGGAAGCCGCAAAGGAACUCUAG